CGCUGUUAGCACACAUGACCAUCCAUUGCCGUACUCCUCGCGGACGAGAUGCAUUGCUCGAGGUAGCACCUGCGACCCAAGACAAGUCCCAGGAUCGUGGGAAAGCCGUGAUCCCUGCGGCCAGGAACCCCCGCAGAUUACCGGGCCCGUCGUCAUGACGAGCCCACACAGCGGCUGCAGUGGCGAUCCAGAUGUAGUGAAAGAUGUAUAAAGUCAUGUUCAGCUACUUGCUUCUCUCUUUGGCUGCCUUGGCCCCUUUCACCCUCGUCGGGGCAAGCCCUACGGAGCUCUCUGGUCGCGCCCGAACGCAAGGAUGUGAUUUGACUCAUGUCCGCCUAAAUGACUUGCCGGCUGGGCAGAAUAGUGUCACCAUCAGAUCGUCAGCGGUGCCCAAAAUUGUUACAAUUGGCGCGGGUGUUCAGAACUACACUUGCAUAAACAACGUCUACGUUUCAACGGGUGCCGUAGCCGAGCUCUUCGACAUUUCAUGUAUAGCUGGCACCAAAGCCUUCCGCAAUAUCCAGAACUUUGCUGUUGAUCACCCAACGGGAUCCGAGCUCGGGCACCAAUUCUUCGGAGGGCAGACAAUUAACCCUGUCGUCCAUCAUUACUUCGACUUCAACCCUGUCUCGCCAGGCAUCGCGCCACGCUUCGAUCUUGCCGGAACGAAUCGUUUCACAACGUUGAAAAAGCUUGGUAACAUCCCUUCUCCUCAAGGAAAGGCCAACGUUGACUGGCUCGAACUGUCUGAAAUUAAGGGCGACCUCGCAAAAUUCGUGUACCGCACCGACACCAUCCGUGGUCAACCUCCUGCGUCAUGCAUCGAUGGUUCGCCCGUUAUCAGCAUUGACUACGCUGCCAAGUAUUGGUUUUUCGAUUCGAAUUAAGGUGGACGGAGAUGGCGAGGAUGGUCUCAUUUUGCGUUUUACAUUUCGAUUUGGACAAUAUCAACUUCGAUUGUAGUCUGGUUCCUGUUUCUUUCGUACCCAUUGGACAAUAAUGACUGCUUUUUGCUCCAUGC